AUGAGUGUAAUUGAAGAUAACUUCAUUACGUGUGGUAUAAAUGACCGAGGGAAUGCUAACCGAAACUUGAGGAAUGACAGACAAUUUAGCAAAUCCAUAAGUAUUGACCAUAAAAAUAGCUGCGACGGUAAUAUUCGAAAUUGUAAAGUGGGACAGGUUGAAUUUCUACCUCUUAUGAUUGCUAAAUCUCGCCAUGACACUGCUAACUCUAAUUGUACUAACGGCGACGCUGACGCUAUUAUGAGCAUUGCAAAUGCCGACUAUCGCAAAAAUACCUUCCAAUCCAUUUACUACCAGCAGGAAGAAUUGCCUGAAGUGGCAUCACUCCCAUACGGGUUGGUGGAUUGUGAUAAUGGUACUAGUGACGAGAUUACUUCAAAAAAGGUGUUGGACGAUGCUCUGGGUUAUAUUAAUGGAACAAAGAAAACCUGGGUGCACGAUUUUACCGUACUUACGAACAUACAAAUUGCAAUAAAUGAGGACAAUGCGGCACUCCUAGAUUGGGAUUUCAUAUUUCCAGUGAUACAGUUUGUAUCAGAACAUAUUAAAAACAUUAGGUCCACCGUAGCCAAGAACGCAAUUCUCACGGCACAUGUUAUAGGCAUAAAAGCACAUGAUUCAACUAGCAAGAUCAAGAUACAACUUCUACCAUCAUUAUUCUCAGCUAGCAUAUGCGAAAAGAUCGUAAUUAGAAAACCAGCAAAUGAUGCACUGGAUGAUUUUUCUCGAUCAUGCAGAAAUUGGUCUGAUUCGCCUUACCUAUGGGCACUUUGCCUAUUCUCCCGCGAUAGGAAUGCAAGAAUAUGCGCUGUAGCUGCUAGACUAAUAAAUUUGUUCAUCAAAAGCAUUGACAAACACCAACUCUCGAAGGUAGAAAUCAACCAGUUAAAUCAAUACCUCAACUUAGGCUUAGGGGGGAAACUAGCAGAUACAAGACGUCAUUUUGUAGACACGGUGGAGUAUCUCCUUGAUAAUAAAAAUGAUUCGGAAAUUAAAAAAUGGCUAUUUACACUCAGUAUGGGUACCCCCUUGUAUUCACUCGUAUCGUUGCGCGAAGUGAAGUCCACCACUUCUUAUGGCACUACUAGUGAUUGCGAAGUUACAGGUGGCAUUAAUGGCCUGAAGAGGAGGCCACUCAGCAACUUUUUAAAUAAAACAAGAGUAAAUGUUAAGCCCAUGGAGCACAGUUUAGACGGGACUCCCUCUCUCAUAACUCAUACAAGCGACCCGAAAGCCGGCACCAAGGAGAUUGAGAUGAAGCUUAAAUUGAAGGGUUACGAAGCGGAUUCAGAGUGUGAAACGCCCAAUUGGUGUUGCGAUAACCGAUUUGGGUCGAAGGACUCGUGUUUUUUAGCAAUAUCACGGAUACUAAAAUGA